AUGGCACCAGCUAUCCACUCGGAUCAGAGCUACGGCCACGACGGCAUCAAGCCCCACAAUCCGCAAUGGGGCUUCUCCACCCAGCAGCUGCACGCUGGUCAGAGGCGGGGCGAUCCGACGACCAAUGCCAAGGCAGUUCCCAUCUACCUCACCUCCAGCUUCAUCUUUGACACGCAAGCUUCCGGCGCUGACCUGUUCGACAUUGGCAAAUCUGGAGGCGCGGGGUCCAACAUCUACUCACGGAUUGGCAACCCGACUUGCGAAGUAUUUGAAGAGAGGAUCGCCAUGCUGGAAGGUGGUUCAGCAGCUGUUUCGACAUCGAGCGGCCAGUCGGCGCAGUUCAUGGCGAUUUCGACGAUCUGCGAGUCGGGCGACAACAUCGUCACUACCCCAUACCUAUACGGCGGUACGCACAAUCAGCUCAAGGUGCUGCUGUCACGCUUUGGCAUCGAGGCGCGCUUUGCAGCAUCGGACAAGCCUGCCGAUCUGGAGAAGCUGAUCGACGAAAAGACCAAGGCGGUGUACAUCGAAUCCAUCUCCAACCCUCGAUGGAACGUUCCCGAUAUUCCAGCGAUUGCGCGACUGGCAAAGAGCUACGGCAUCGUCACCAUCUGCGACAAUACGUUUGGAGCUGGAGGCUACCUUUGCAAGCCCAUCGAUUUGGGCGUCGAUAUUGUCGUCGAGAGCGCGACCAAGUGGAUUGGCGGGCACGGUACCGUCAUCGCUGGUGUCGUCAUCGAUGGAGGUCGCUUCGACUGGGGAGCCAGCAAGAGAUAUCCGUCCAUGACGGAGCCGUUGGAGGGUACGCACGGAGGUGGAAAUUGGCUUGGCGCAUCGCUCAUCGGCAAACGCUUCUGGGAAGUCUUUGGCAACAAGAGCUUUGCGAUGCGUCUCCGAUUCGAGAUAUUAAAAGACAUGGGAGCUUGCCUGUCGCCAUUCAACGCUUUCAUGUGCCUGCAAGGUCUCGAGACCCUCUCUUUGCGGGUGCAGAGAACCGUCGAUAACGCGCUGGCUUUGGCGCAAUGGUUGGAAUCGCAUCCCAAGUGCGCCUGGGUAUCCUACCCGGGCUUGGAGUCGCACGAAUCGCACGAGAGGGCCAAGGAGUUGCUGCACAAUGGAUUUGGAGGGGUAUUGUCGCUGGGCGUACGCGGAGACGGAGGCAAAUUUACAGAAGCUCUGCAAUUGGCUUCGCACCUGGCAAACGUGGGCGAUGCGCGGACAUUGGUGAUUCAUCCAGCCAGCACCACCCACGCAGCCCUUGGCGACGAGGAACUCCAGGUGGCGGGCAUCGGCAAGGACAUGCUGCGUGUAAGCGUCGGCAUCGAAGAUUUGCGGGAUAUCGUGGACGAUUUUCGGUGUGCCUUUGAAGCCAUCUAGGCGGCGCGCCUUUUGAAGCCAUCUAGGCGGCGCGCCUUUGAAGCCAUCUAGGCGGCGCGCCUUUUGAAG